CGAUGGUGCUGGUAAUUUUGAGCCAACACAACUGGUACGUUCUAUACAACAGCAGAGCAUAAGCUAUAGCAGUCAAAGUUUAGACGAUGAUCAACAGAUGCUACUUGACAUCGAACAGAACAUAGCCAAUUUGGAGCGCACUCUAAAUAAAGAAUCAAGUGGUAAUUUAGCCUCAGGCAGUGGUGCCGCAUCCAGUGGUAGCGAAUCUUAUGUUUCGCAAAAGAAACGUCAUCUACUGAGACGCGUGAUGUCGGCAACAAACACAACCACUAGCGGGGCUUGUCAGCGAGAUGUUUUAAAAUUUGAUAAAUAUGGUAAAUCACCGACGGCAAUGGGCGGUGAAGGUGGCGACGGUGGUGCAACAAGUGAAACAAUCGUUGUCUCAUCUAGUGGCAGUCAACAAGCGGCCACCGCAACAAAAGAGAAACGUUUAACCAUGCGAACAGUACGUAAUAUAAUGCGUUUAGGUCGUAACCGUCAAAGUUCGCAGACACGCGAUAGUAGUACAGAGGAUGAAGGCAGAUCUCCUCUAAUCCAUGAAAAUGAAGCGGCAAUAAAUUUAUCAAGUACUGCAGCCAUUACUGAUGCCACGCAAAUUGCGCAUUUAUCAAAUAACGUGAGUGGCGCUGGCGAACGUGUUGAUGCAACACCUGGUGCCGAGAGUUGUUUCUCACACUCGAAUCAAUCCAGCGAUAUGGAGGAUAUAAGUCAUAUUGAUAAGGGGAAAAUGAUUAAACAGAUUACUCAUACAGCUGAUCACUUAAAGUCACAAGAUUUUCAGGUUUGUAUAACUAUUAUAGAGGCGAGACAACUGCCCGGUCUUAAUAUGGAUCCGGUAGUUUGUAUACAAGUUGGCGAUCAAAAAAAAUAUACCAGUGUUAAGGAGAGCACCAACUGUCCCUAUUACAAUGAGUAUUUCGUUUUUGAUUUUCAUAUGCCGCCAGUGAUGCUUUUCGAUAAAAUCAUAACUCUAUCGGUGUUACAAAGUCGUGGUGUUUUAAUGCCCAAUAAAAUGAUUGGCUCAUUUAAAUUGGAUGUGGCCACUGCUUGGAGUCAACAAGAUCAUCAAUUUUAUCAUAAAUGGGCUUUACUUACCGACCCAGAAGAUUUCUAUAGCGGCCCUAAAGGCUACCUUAAAUGCGAUAUUGGCAUAAUUGGGAAAGGUGAUACGGUAAAAGUGCCACAAAAAUCUGAAAAGGAUCCGGAUGAUAUUGAGGCAAAUCUACUUCUGCCUGUUGGGGUACCCAUUGAACGGCAACGAGCUAAAUUUAUAGUGAAAAUUUAUCGAGCUGACGGGUUGCCGCGCAUGAAUUCCUCAAUAAUGGCUAAUGUGAAGAAAGCUUUGACUGGUGAAGCUAAAGAUUUAGUUAGUCCAUAUGUGCAGGUAUCGUUCGCGGGUCUGCUGGGUAAAACCACAAUCAAAAGAAACGCUUACGCUCCUAUUUGGAAUCAACAAUUGGUGUUUACUGAAAUGUUUCCACCCCUUUGCCAAAGGAUCAAAAUUCAACUCAGAGAUGCGGAUCCUAUGAAACCAUCCAUUAUUGGCACUCAUUAUAUCGAUUUGAAACAAAUAUCUAAUGACGGUGAAAAAGGUUUUCUACCCACUUUUGGCCCUUCGUUUGUUCACCUUUAUGGGUCAAUACGUGACUACUCUUUACUGGAUCAACAUUCAACUUUAAAUACCGGCUUGGGAGAAGGAGUUAGCUAUCGCGCGCGAUUAUUGUUGGCUAUACGAACUGAAAUUACCGAUAACAUCGAAACUACCACCGAAAAGAAUGUCGAACUUGAACAAACGCAGCCCAUUAGCGAAUCUUCCUAUUCGCGAAACGAGGAAUUCUUCUUGUUUGGUUCCAUUGUGGAGGCGUCAAUGAUUGAUAGGAAAAUUUGUGAUAAAACUAUUUUCUUUGAGCUAAGCAUGGGUAAUGCCGGAAAUUCUAUUGAUGGUCAUAAUGAAAGUUUCUCCACUGCUCUUGAAGACGGUGAGGAUGGCUGUUUACUAGAAACUGUUGACACGACUUCAUUUAGUAGUACUACAAGUGCUUGCAAGCCCAUUACACAUGAUAAAGCCCAUUAUUACUUACCCUAUUGGGACUAUAAACCGUGCAUGGAUGUACGUUGUACACUGCCAGAUCUGCGAAGACGCAUGUAUAACAGUAAUAUGUUAUCAAAAAUAGCAGAAAAAUUUGAAGACGGGUUAGUAGGAACGAAAAAGCUAAUCGAAGAAGAGGACAUAAAAGCUGAAGUACGUUUACGGUCCACUUUAGAAGAUUUGGCGGCCGCUUGUCUACGUUAUCAAAAUAUAACAAAAGCUAAUUCUUUAGGUGCGGGCAGUGGUAAAACCAAAUUAGAUAAAGAGCGUCUAAAAUUAUGCUUAAGAGAAAUCGAAAAUCUAGGAAACUUGGCUCGUAACCUAAGAGCUUUGGUUACAAGAAGCUCUUUAAAAGAACGCUUUAAGCAAGCUCAGUCUUAUAUGCAAAAACUAAAAUUCCUAAUAGAUGAUCCUCAACAUUCUUUACCUGACGUAUUUCUAUGGCUGAUAGCUAAUGGUAAAAGAUACGCCUAUCAUCGGAUACUUGCUAGAGAUUUAAUAUACUCUCCUACUGAAGAAGAGUCUGGCGCACAUUGUGGUAAAAUUCAAGAUAUAUUCUUAAAAUUACCAGGCAGGCAUUCAACAGGACCAGCCAGUUGGUCUAUACAAGCAAAAGCUUCUAUUUACUUUUGGAUGGGAGUAGUAGAUCAUAAAGGACAUUUCUUCGAAGGCUUACCUAUCGGUUACGAUUUAUCGCAUGAACUUCGAAAUGCCGAAAGACCCGGAGCCAUGGCUCCCAACAACAUACACUAUCUAGAGAAAUCGACAUUUCAAUUGCGCGCUCAUGUCUAUCAGGCACGUUCUUUAAUAGGUUCGGAUGCUUCUGGCUUGAGCGAUCCAUACGCCACCGUUUAUAUAACUGAAUUUGCUAAAACCACUCAAGUCAUUGAAGAAACAUUGAGUCCCACUUGGGACGAAUUAUUGGUAUUUGAUGAAAUUUUGGUUUAUGGUACCAAAGACGAAAUUAAAAAAAAUCCACCAACAAUUAUUAUAGAAAUAUAUGAUCAGGAUAAAGUGGGAAAAUCCGAGUUUAUAGGACGAGCUAUAGCUAAACCACGCGUUAAGCUGAGAGAAAAUCCUUACACUACUCCCGCCCUUGAGUGGUUUGACAUCAUACGUGGUUCGGAGAAUGCGGGGGAGCUUUUAGCUGCAUUCGAAAUGUUAGAAAUUGGUGCAACUGAUGUUCCUCGUCUAACGGAACCCAAAGACGUAGAAGUCGAAUUGAAAAAAUUGGUACCUCAUGCUCCUGCCCUAAAUAUUAUAUACCCUGUACCUAAAGAAGUACGCCCUCACUUGGCCAAAUUCAAAUUAGAAGUUUUAUUUUGGGGCCUACGCGAUCUAAAGCGUAUACAUUUUAUGUCAGUUGACAAGCCACGUAUAGAUGUAGAGUGCUCGGGUAAAAUCUUAAGUUCAACGAUUAUACAAAAUGCCAAAAAGAAUCCCAAUUUUCCGAAUAUGCUCAAGUUCAUCGAAUUGGAACUACCCGUAGAAGAAACAUACGCUCCACCAAUUACUAUACGCUGCGUUGAUUGUAGGUCCUUUGGCCGUUACACUUUAGUGGGCACUCAUCAGAUUUCUUCGAUACAUCGCUAUCUAUAUAAGCCGCCACCAAAAGAAGAUAUCACCAAGUAUAAAACUAUAGGAGGCCAAAUUAUACUUUCCAGCCAUUUAAACGAAGAGAACUUGAAUAAUUUAAUCGAUGGUUACGGCAUGCAACCGCUAAUGGGGACGCAACUGCAACAAGCGCAAAUGAAAGAUUUCUAUGGCAAUCGUCGGUCAUCGUGCGAUCAAUUUACUCUUUAUGGAGCCGUAUGUGUUACGAAAAUGGUCAAGAAACAAUCCUCUAAAAAAAAAUCUUCUUUAAGGGCCCAACACAAGGAUGGCAUCGCUAUACAAGAACACGAAUCUGAUGAUGAAUUAAGCCGCGAUUGGUGGACUAAAUACUUUUGGUCCUAUGAACGCUUGAUAGACAAUACCAAAGCCGAGAAAGCUUUAAGACCCUCCGAUAAAUUUUUAACCUCACCCUCGCCGAUAAUCAUACAUAAUCACAAAUCGGUUAACAAAGGUACAAAAUUAAUGCAAAAAUUAAGUCCUCUAGGACGCAAUAAAACCGAGACCAACUCUUGCCCGAACACACCAAAAAGACAAAUCAAAUCUUUCAAUAGUAGCACAGCUUUAUGUCAGAUCUAUCCCAGCGAACUCGAAGCCCAGUUAGAGUUUAAUUUCUUUCGCGAAUGGUUGCAUUCUUUUGCAUUAUAUCGCGGUAAAAAAACCGAUGACUCUACUGAAGACGAUAAUCGCAUUGUGGGAUUCUUUAAAGGCGCUAUCAAAGUAUACCGCUUGCCACCGCCCAAAGGUCAAGAGUAUCCUAUACCGAAUGUCCCGGCCAAUGAACCGAUACAUGUUUUAGUUCGCAUUUAUAUUAUUAAGGCCACCGAUUUACAUCCAAUGGAUCUGAAUGGUAAAGCCGAUCCAUACGUUGUGUUGCAUUUAGGCGGUAAACGUAUAUCGGAUAAAGAUAAUUAUGUUAGCAAACAAUUAAAUCCGGUAUUUGGGAAAUGUUUUGAAGUUGAAGUUACCUUUCCCCAAGACUCCAUGCUAACAGUGCAAAUUUACGAUUGGGAUCUAGUAGGAUCGGAUGAUUUAAUAGGAGAGACACGCAUCGAUUUAGAAAACCGUUUCUACAGCAAACAUCGUGCCACGUGCGGUUUAUCGCUACGUUAUGAAGAUUGUGGUUACAAUCAAUGGCGUGAUCCCAUGAAACCUACACAAAUUUUGUCGAAGCUUUGCAAAAUCAAUAAAUUAGAUAUGCCGCAUUAUUUUCAAGAUCGGGUAGCCAUAGGCAAAUAUUGUUUAACAUUUUCGGAUGAAGAAGUUAUCGCUUGGAACGGUCCCAACACUUGCCGCAAUCGUGACGAACAUUUGGCUCUAGCGGUUUUACAUAGAUGGAGUGAAAUUCCCAAUAUCGGUUGCAAGCUGGUACCGGAACACAUAGAGUCAAGGCCACUUUUCAAUCCUGAUAAGCCUGGAAUAGAGCAAGGUAAAAUUGAGAUGUGGGUAGAUAUGUUCCCAAUGGAUAUGCCUCCACCUGGGCCGCCUGUUGAUAUCUCACCACGGAAACCUAAAGCUUAUGAGCUGAGAAUCAUUAUCUGGAAUACAGAUGAUGUGGUACUGGAAGAUGAUGCUUUCUUUACGGGAGAAAAAAUGUCUGAUAUAUACGUGAAGGGAUGGUUGAAAGGCCCACAAGAUAUGCAAGCCACCGAUAUACACUACCGUUCUUUAACGGGUGAGGGUAAUUUUAAUUGGCGUUUCAUUUAUCCAUUUGAAUAUUUAGCAGCCGAGGAACGCAUAGUCUUGUCAAGGAAGGAAUCAUUAUUUAGUUGGGAUGAAACUGAAGUUAAGAUACCCGCACGCUUAGAACUACAGGUGUGGGAUGCCGAUCAUUUCUCAGCAGAUGAUUUUUUAGGUGCAAUAUCGUUUGAUUUAAAUCGUUUUCCUCGUGGUGCCAAAUCCUCUAAACUAUGCACUUUAGAUAUGCUGAAUACGGAUAACGUGCCCACGAUAAACAUAUUUAAACAAAAACGUGUACGUGGCUGGUGGCCUUUUUAUAUUAAAAAGCAAAAUGAAGAAAUGGAAUUGACCGGCAAAGUUGAGGCAGAAUUUCAUCUACUUAGCAAAGAAGAAGCCGAACAAAAUCCAGCAGGUUUUGGGCGCAAUGAGCCGGAUCCUUUGGAAAAACCAAAUCGCCCAGAUGCCUCUUUUAUGUGGUUUGUGAAUCCUCUAAAAUCCAUACGUUAUAUUGUAUGGCAUAAUUACAAAUGGGCCAUUCUUAAGGGCUUAAUUCUUUGUGGUAUUAUACUAUUCUUUAUAAUCUUCGUAUACUCUGUACCUGGUUAUUCGGUUAAGAAACUUUUGGGAGCUUAAAUAAUAAUACUUAUCCUUAGUCUUACUUACAAAUAUAUACAGGGUGUACCUGACAUGUUGGCCUAUAUAUAUAUACAUACACAUAUACUUAAUCUAUAAUUUAUAGCUACAUUAGCUAAACCUAUUUUAAAUCAAGAUGGAGAUGGAUCAUUCCAAAAUUCUCAAUUAACGAAAGUUCAAAUAAAAUAAAAUAGUGUUAACGUAGUAAAAAGUAAUCUCAAUAUUAAUGUAAAUAUUUUUCGAAUAGUUUUACAAACAAAAAAAAAAACUAAAACAAUAUGAAUCAUGAAAGUAUUACUGCAUAAAAUAAAUUUAAGCAAAUAAAGGAAUCGGGCCGUAUAUUAAAUACCCACCAUCUCAGUCAUCGUAUACGAUUUUUCAACAAGGCGUGUCAUUUUAAGCCAUUGCUUCACAGGCUGUAGUAUGACAGGCUAUGUACUCCUACCGAAACCGUCUAUAUCAGGUCAAGAAAAAGUCAGCCAACAACAUUCUAUUUAAAGCAAUAUUUUUGAAAAAGUAUGGACCAAUCGCAUCAUCACUCGUAGCAAACUGUCACUCGUUAUAGCUUGUUCGAUUAUUUCUUUUGACAGCUAUCACAUCUUCAGCGCGUUGUCGAAAUCGAUAAUAAUCCGUAGCUGGAAUUCUCUUGUUUUUCACUCGUCAAAUAUCAUCGCAAUGAUUAUUGUGUGUUAAGAGUUCUCUGAUUGGCGCGAAGUGUAAAAUGAUAACCCUUGUUGAAAAAUCUUACGUAUAAAAAUUGCAAUGGGGGCAUGCAUAUAUAUGUUGGCAUGCCUGUUGUUGUAGUAGAUAAAGGAUAUUAAUAUUAAAUGUAAGGUCGACCUUACCUAUGGUUUCAAAUCUAUUAAUAGCAAUAUUUUCAAGUUUCUCUGCAUUAAAAGAUACUUUUGCAACGUUUGUUAACAUGAAUCUUGUCUCUUGCAGAUAUAUUUUGAAAGUGUAGAUAGUUUGCCUAUCAAGGCGGUCCCAUUCGGUUAUUUCUCUAACUUUCUGCAUUGUGACAUUUGGUCCUUGAGUAUAUAUGUGCCAAUAACGUCCAGUUAUAUAACUUAUUUUUUAAAACUAAGCUUCCAAGAAGACGCGGAGGAUCUAUACCCCUUACAGGAAAAUAAAAAAAUACAACUCAAAGAUUCUGUCAUCAGAAACUAUGCAUUAAACAAACAUUUCUUAUACAUACAGUUGCAUUUUAUCUAAAACUUUGGACCAGCCACUUGGGGGAUGUUUCUUGUACGUGCGGGCACGAUGGCAAUCAGGAAGCAUUGUAGAACGAGAGAGCGGUAGAGAAAGUGGAGUAGUGUUUGUGAAAAGUGAAACAUCAGCUAUGGCGGGAAAGACCACUGCUAAAUUCAUUGAACUAAAACUCAAUUUUGCUGAAAAUUCUCAUCUUGAAUCUAAGUUCGAUUCGGCGAGAUUAUCGUACAGUCUCUCUUUUUUAAGGGCUAAUCUUGAAGUCUUUGCUCAAGCUACACCGCAACAUUUUCACAGGGAUGAUCAGUGCCUACGUUCUAUCGCAAGUUAACGAUAUAUUCCGACUUUGAGCAACAGUCACAUUUAUAGCGAUAACGUGCUCUUCAUUUCUUAUUCUUCUGUCCGUUAUUGGCAUGAAAGCAGUAUGAAGAGCGUAAGACAACACGAAUUUUCUCAUCAAAAUAUUGAUUGCUUCCUUAGUGGAAACCAUAGAUGCUCGUUGAUGUAGGUAAGGUGAAGUUGGCACCACCGAACGAAAAUUUUGAUAAGAAAUUGGUAUGGUGUGCAAAGACUGGUCAUACUGGUAUGCCACUCUUUAAUUGAAUAUGUUUGAAGAUUAUGACAAGUUGAACCACUAAAGCAACUUGUCGUUUUUCGACUUCAUGAACCUUUGAGUGCCAAGAAUAGACCAUAUAUAUAUACAUAUAAAUAUAUAUAGAUAUAUAUAUAAAUAUAUAUAGAUAUAUAUAGAUAUAUAUAUAAAUGUCUAUAUAUAUAAAGGAUGUGAUAAAUUAUGAACGAACAGUUAAAUUGUAGAAAAGAGUCAACUCUAAUAGUACUUUAGGGUAUCUUCUAACUCUAAUCGUACUUAGGGUAUCUUUAUAGGUAUCUUUAUUUCUUAAAAAUAAACUUAUUAUUCAUUCUUUAUUAUAUAUAUAUAUUCAUCUUUUGAUGGCGGUUAUAAUAUUAAAAUAAAACGCAUCAACACUUACAAGGAAAAACAAUAAAUGUGAAAACUGUACAAUGUAUGAAGAAAACAUCAUUUUAUUCUACACUUCUAUAAUAAAAGCGGUUGUAAGAUGAAAGCUUAAACCUUUUUUUAAAUUAUAAGUAGAAAUUUUCAAAUAUUUAUAUUUAUUACAAAAAAAAAAAAA